UGGACAUUAUAUAUUUAAAAAAGAUAAAAAAAUUUAGGGCUUCAUCAUUUUCUUUACAAUCCUAUGUUUUUGCAUUGUGUUUCAUGAGCUUACAAUAAUGUGGUAUAGCUAAGCUAUGAUACGUAAAAACUACUCCUGAAUGACCCUUUAAGAAUGUGAAACCACAUAAUACACCUCAAUCAAAUUUCGUGUUUUUCGUAACUUUUGUGUUCAUUAUGGUAGAUUAGUAUGCGUGUCAACUCACCAAAAAGCCAUAAGUAUAAGGGCAACCUUGAGCAUAUUGUUAAAUACAAUUUGUACUUUCCAAAUGGAAAACAGUGCUCUCAAUUCUGUUGUCUUGGCCACAAAAAGUAGUGAUCUAUAUUUUAUGUGGUUAGCCUCAUUAAUUCCAAUAAAUUUACCCUGUCAAUUUUUUUCCAGGAGGGACAACAUAGACGGUUCUAGAGUGUUAAAAAGCUUCCAUUUGAGCUACAGAAACCCUUUAAAUUUCUGUUCAAUAAGGAACAACUGUUAUGUGGGAUUGAACCCAUAUGAAUAUAGUCUAGUAAACUAAACUCAUCAUUUUUUCCCUUUUUGAUAUUUUUGAUAGAGAAGAAAAAAAAGAGAGUUUAGAAUAACCUACCUUGACAGUUAACAUUCAAACUGACAACUGAUUUCAAAAUCAAAAACAUUAGCCACUUAAAUUUCACAGUAUUGUUUUUAAAUAUUCGCAUAAUUAUUUUGGAAGUCACUUUAAAACAUGGCAGAAGGAAAGUAGACAUCUCUUGUGGCCUAUGGAGUUGCAGAGGCUGCACAAAAUUGGCUUCCAACUCCUUAAUCGUGAUAUUGAUAGUGUUAAUAAUGACGACAGGAAAAAAAAGUGUGUAAAUGGAUCGGUGUGUGACAAGUGCUAUAGAGGAAUAGGAGUACUGGAGAAAGCAAAAGAACUCAGAUUGAGGUGGAAAAACUGUAGAUUUAAACGAAAAUGUAAAAUUGCUGACGAUCAGGUAAUUCAUGAGCGAUUUUUUUGUGUUAUUCUUUUCUUUGUAUCGUUGAUACUAUAUACACUAGUUUUUUUCAUAGAAUGCUUCAGAACUAGAUUCCUUAAAUAUCGUAGUUGAAAACGAGUGCAAACAGGAAAUGGCAAGAGUUGAGCGUGACAAUUUAAUGACAGACGUCUCUGUCGAUGCUUUAGUCAAUUUUAAUGACGCGAAAUUCUUAGAAAGGAUGGAAGAACUUUGCCCAAUCCUGUCGGCUGCGAGGUGCAGUAGCUGGAGAGAAAGGGUAAGAUCGAUGACUGUCCAAGAGAUACGGAGAGCAACAAAAUGUUACGAAUAUGUUCUAUACGCUUAAUAUUUUACAGGGUAUAUAUUGGACAACAAGUGGCGUGUUUCGGAAUCCUGUUCAAAGCAAGAUAUCAUAAAAGCAGAGCCUGUAUAGUCUCGCAUCGCAAUGACCAGCUGUUCAUUGCCGCUGGUGCUAAGAAGCAGGCGUUUAAAUGGUUCAAUGCCCUUGGUGUAACCAAUAGUUAUCAAACUGCAUUGAACAAAAACAAGAAAUUAGCCUGUAAUCAUGACCGAGACGUUAAAGGUUGGAAAAAUAUGAUAGAAUCCAAUGAUCCGGAGAGUGUUGGGUACCAGGUAAUACUUUUUUCUCUAGUAAUUCAGAAACGUUGCAUUUCAAAUAUAAGCUGCAUAUAUAUUGUAUGUUGGCAGAUUAUUGGCGAUAAUCUAGACUACGAAGUUAACGUCAGACACCAAGGAAUCAACAAUCCCAAUAGGAGUCAUCACUGGUUUCAUUACAUAGCUGUUAAAGAUCGCGUGCACCCCUCUCAAGAUCCUAAAAGUUUUGAAGAUUACAGGCGUGCAAGUGUUCUACCAGAUAACCACACGCUCGUGAUGUUGGCAGAUAAUUUCAAGCACUUGGUAACAAGAACUAUCGUAUCCUUCAUACCAGCGUUUGAAUCUUUCAAGAAACAUACGCAGAAACAUAUAGCACAUCCAUUUGUCGAUGAAAUGUCGAAAAAAUCAGAGGUGGUUAGUCUUGGACUGUUGUUGGAGUCGGAAAACACGGCAUCUGGAAUUACUAAGAUCUUACGUCAUAUACAGAAAGAAUAUGUGCCACAAUCGAUAAACGAAAACGGAAAAUUGGAGAUACUUCAACCGAUUCCUUUUGGUGGGGACCAAUUGACUGAGGAACGUUCUAUCAACAUCAUUCGCGCUUUUCUGGAUGGCGAUACCAGCUACGAUCGUAUUGAAGGUCUACAACCCAAAUUUGAAGACUGGCACUUGAAAAUGACUCUUUACAAGGUAUCAAUUUUUUUUUAAACUGAAAAAUCCCGAAAUUUUGAUG